AUGCCUGAACCGUGUGGUGUGAGGAUUGUGGCUCGGGUUGACUUGGUGUCUCCGAGGCAUGCGAGGAUUGCGGCUCAGGUUAACUUUGUGUUCCCGAGGCCUGCGAGGAAUGCGGCUCGGGUUGACUUUGUGUUCCCGAGGCCUGCGAGGAUGUAA